AUGCGAGUGGAAUGGAUGAACCAGUCCGGUGGUAACACGGGGAUGGAUUAUCUGGGAGCCCUGGACCAGAUCAUCGUGAAGCAGAGGAUAGAGUUACUGGAAGUAUUGACCGGUUUUGAGACGAGAAAUAAAUACGAUGUCUUGAACAGCGUGGGACAGCAGUGCUUUUUUGCUCAAGAAGAGUCAGACUUUUGUCACAGGCAAUGUUGUGGACCCAACAGAGAAUAUGUAAUGCAUAUUACGGAUAAUUCGGGUCAGGAAGUGAUGAGGGUUCGUCAUGACUUUGUCUGUUGUGUAGGAUGUUGUUGGUGUGCCACCGACUCUUCCUGUGGAUAUGAAGUCCAAAUCGAGGCUCCGGUCGGAAACAUAAUUGGUUACGCUAAACAACAAACUUCGAAAUGGAAACCCCAUGUUCGCGUUUUUGACGCUAACCGCCAGCCGAUGUACGCCAUACGGGGACCUUGUUGCUGGGGGUGUCAGACUAUUUGCUGCACAGACGAUAUUGACUUCCCUAUCACAGACUUAACAGAGGAGAACAUUUUAGGCCGGAUGUUCAAACGCUGGGCCGGAUGUGGACGAGAAAUGUUCACCGAUGCCGAUACUUUUGGAGUCACGUUUCCCAUGGAUAUGGCGGUUUCGAGCAAGGCGCUGCUGUUUGGCGCCAUCUUCCUUGUGGACUUUGUGUACUUUGAAAAAAAUCAGAACAAUAACAACAACUAAUAAGGACUGGAUGACCGCAAUCAACACUGCAGGACUGCAAUCAACACUGUAGGACCACAGUCAACACUGUAGGACAGCAGUCAACACUGCAUAUGUCAAUUCUCUUGAUUGAAACUAACAUAUAAAACAUUCAUCUACGAUGUUA